AUGGUGUAUUGCGGUAAACCAUCCCGAGGCUGUCAGAUGUGCAGGACUCGAAGGAUCAAGUGUGAUGAGACCAAGCCUACUUGCAAUCAAUGUGCAAAAUCUCGAAGACAAUGUCCCGGCUACAAAGAUGAAUUUGAUUUGGUUUUCCGCAAUGAGACCCAAGCAACCGAAAGGCGAGCUCGAAAGGCGAGCAAAAAGGGGUCAUCUCUGAAGAUGAUUCAAGAAUCCGAUCAAGGGCAGCUCAUCAACAAGCCGACUACUCCUCUUGGAACCGGCAACUUGGGCCUUGUAGACACUCUUCCCCACAUGCCGAUAAUGGAUCAAGCAUCUUGUCAUUUCAUCUCGAACUUCGUUCUCGUUCCUCGCCAGGGUUCUACUCGUGGCUUCAUGGAGUAUCUAGUUCCCAUGCUCAAAGCUGAGUCCUACCCACAACAUUUCCGGCUGGCCUUUGACGCUUGCGCUCUUGCUUCUCUUGGAAACCGUGUCGGAGCCGGAGUCAACAUCCGAAAUAUGGCCCUGGCCCGGUACACUAAAGCGCUUGCCUCUACAUAUCAAGCUCUUCGCCACCCAGAACUUUCCAAGCAAGAUUCCACUCUGGCGUCUAUCCUGCUCCUUGGCCUGUUCGAGAAUAUAUCUGCUAAGCAACUGGGGAUGCUUGCGUGGGGCUCACACAUUGAAGGCGCCAUCCAGCUUGUCAAAGCCAGAGGCAAGAAACAAUUUCAAAGCCCAAACGGGCUGUCCUUGUUCAUUGCCGUUCGUACUCAAAUGAUCAUACAUACUCUAACUAGCGGCCAAUCCCCGGUUAUGGGCGUCGAGUGGUGGAUGAACGGUGCCAUCAAAGACGAAACCGCAGCUGGUUGCCAACGUCUCAAUAUUCGAGUUGGGGAACUCCGAGCCGAGGUUAACCGCCUCCUCGCGACGCUCUCCCGGCUUCCAGAGAAUAUUGAAUUGAUGUUAGAUAUGAUCCGAAAGUGCCAGACCAUUGAUCAAGAAUUUCUUGCUUGGUCUCGAGAUUUGCCGGAACAAUUCAAAUGGCGGACAGUGACAUGGGAGGACCAUGUGCCCAACGGUGAUUUGUCCCGGGCUGAGGUCUUUCCUGGCCGGGUUGAUGCAUAUCAGGAUUUAUGGUUCGCCAGCAUUUUGAAUAUGAUGCGGACUUCACGAAUCAUUUUGGCCUCCCUCGUUGUUCGCUGCGUCGCUUGGGUCUGUGCCCCAAUUGACUACAGAACAACUCCAGAGUACGCUACAGCCGCCAGGAUAUGUGUCGAUAACAUCAGCGAGAUUAUUUCGUCGGUCCCUUAUCAGCUGGGAUGGUUUGCUAAGCGCCGCCAUCUGCUUGAAAACACCAAGUUCUCCGCCUUCGGCUGUGGUUCAGAAGAUGCCGAGAAAGGAUUGCCCGGAUACCUCCUUACGUGGCCGCUCGCCUGUGCCCUUGGUCAGGAUUAUGCCACUGACGCGCAACGAAUUUGGAUUCAAGGACGUUUGGAGUUUAUCGGGAGCCAGCUGGGCGUUAGGUACGCCCACAUGUUGAACCAGUUGAAACUCCGAAUACCCUCCAUGCUUAUUCGACGAGACGGGUUAAUGGCCAAGCCAUAUCCAUCCGGCCCUGACUUUGAGAAACUGCUUUCUGGCAGGAACGCCGAUGGGACCGCAACCGCAAGAGAUGUUGCAAAGUUUCGCGAGGCUAUGCUACAGAAAGAGAACGCGAAAAGGCAGGCCGAGGCGGCUCGACAAAUUGCCGCCAAAGAAAGCGCAGCUUCUUCAUCUGGAGAUGUCAACAGCUGGAUGACCAAACCUCGAUUCGAAAUGCGUCAGUAG